UAAGUCCAAUUCAGUGUGAAAUUGUGCUAAGAAUGAGCCUGCUCGUUCAUUGGUUAAGUAUCUAUCUAUAUCUUGUUAAGUCCUGUGUUCUAGUCCUGAAGGAGACAAUGAGGAAUCUUUUUGACAAAUGCUAGAAAUCUGCUUGGAAGUUAAGAAUUUAAUUAACGCGAGAAUAUUAGCAAUAAGGAGUAGCAACUCGACAACUUCUGUGAUUGUUGCUGAAGUUUCGGCUUCGAGGAUCUUUUACGCUGUUGUUACUUCGAAAUCUCUUCAGCUAAACUGCGUCUCCGUAAAAGUGUCAAAUGGACACUUUAAGGUGUGCAGGGUUGGUUGGGCAUUGAAUGUCCUUAACGGUGUGUUGGGAUGGCUGAAGACGGUGUGUAGCAGUUGGGGGUGGUUCUCAAUCUUGAAUGGGUCGGUGCCGCGGGAGCUGGGUCAAGCUUUUACCUUUCUUUUAAGUGUUAUGUUAGGACUUUCGGUAAUUUAUGAUAGUAGAACUUUGGAAGAUUAUGCACUAGCUAAUCUUUAUGAGGAAUGA